AUGGCCAUAGUUGACCUCAGAAGGUGCUUCAAACUCUGGUAUUCUUUUGUGGUGCCUUUGCUACACAUGAGUCCUUCAAUAAAUGUAUACAUAGAGAGGGAAAGACAAGCCCUCCUUGCAUUCAAACAAGGCCUCGUCGUGGAUACCCGCGGUCAAAUAGUCUCUACAUGGGGCACCUCAGAAGGCCAAAACAAAGAUUGUUGCACGUGGAAAGGAGUCUAUUGCAGCAACCAAACUGGCCAGGUUGUUGAACUUCAGCUUGGAUCCCAAUCUUUGCAAGUCCUUAAUCUCACUGAUAACCAACUUGAAGGAGACAUAACAAAUUCGUUUUCGGAGCUAUGCAGUUUGAGAUCAUUAGGGCUUUCAAACAAUAAUCUCAGUGGAGAAUUUCCCAAGUUCGUUCAGGUAUUGUCUAAAUGUUCUCAAAAGCAACUAGAAGGUUUGUAUCUCUCUAACAACCGAGUAAGCGGAAAAAUACCUGAAAGCAUUGGGCAAAUAUCAUCGUUGACAGAAUUAUCUCUCUAUGGAAAUCAAUUAAGCGGAAGAAUACCUGCAAGUAUUGGGCAAAUGCAAUUAUUGACACGAUUAUCUCUCUACGGAAAUCGAUUAAGCGGGAGAAUACCUGAAAGUAUUGGACAAAUGUCCAAUCUGGUGUACAUCAAUCUUGAAAAUCAACUGUCAGGAUUGAUACCUGGAUGGUUAGGGUUUGAACUUCCGAAGUUGGUUAUCCUUAUCCUCCGUUCUAAUCGCUUUUAUGGAAGAAUUCCUUUACAGUUAUGCAAUCUAACACACGUCCAAAUAUUGGAUUUGUCAAUUAACAACAUCUCUGGAACUAUACCCAAGUGUCUCAGCAAUUUGACGGCUUUAGUUGAUAAAGGACAUUCAAUUCUAACCAUCACUCAUCAUUAUGCAUGUAAUUUUGGAAAUGGGAUUUUUUCAGAGAGCUAUGAUGAUGUAGCAACCUUAGUAUGGAAAGGAAUAAUGUCUGAAUACAAGAGCACUCUGGGACUUGUGAAGAGCUUUCAUUUGUCAAGCAAUCAAUUGACGGGGGAGAUUCCUAAAGAAAUCAUUCAUCUUGGUGGUUUGGUUUCUUUAAACCUGUCGCGAAACCAUCUAACAGGUCAAAUAAAUCCAGACAUUGGGAAGUUGGAGUUAUUACAGUCUCUUGAUUUAUCAAGAAACCAGAUCGAUGGAAGAAUUCCGACAAGUCUUUUUCAGAUAUAUGGUCUUGGUGACUUGGACUUGUCAAACAACAACCUGUCUGGAAAUAUUCCAAUGGGGUCUCAGCUCCAAAACUUUGAUCCGUCAGCCUUUGCCGAAAACCCUCUGCUUUGUGGACUUCCACUUCAAAGGAUGUGUGAUCAAGAGAAAUAG